AUGGCUGCAUGCAUGCCAGAGGCGGCUUGUCCUAGUUCUGAGUCUUAUCCAUUUCCAAUCCCUCUCGUGCUGAUUUUCAGUGUUUUCCCAUGGUCGUUCACCUUGAAGGGCAGCUACACAUUGUUACUUUGGUUCUUUGCAGAGGGGGAGCUAAGAUUACAGGUGUGUUCCAACAGAACCCACAUUUUGAAACUUUUCAAAUUUGCAUUUCCAAAUGAAAAUGUCAGGUGCUUGAGCACUGUUGGCCAUUUUGGGUUUGAGUGUUUUCCCUACCAGCUGGUGAACAGGUCUCUGCAGCGAGGGUUCUCUUUUAACAUUCUGUGUGUGGGGGAAACUGGAAUUGGAAAAACAACACUCAUAAAUACAUUGUUUAACACUAAUCUGAAAGACAGCAAGUCCUCACAUUUCCACUCCACUGUUGGACUUAAAGUGAAGAUAUAUGAGCUCCAGGAAAGCAAUGUGCAUCUGAAGCUGACUGUGGUGAAAACUGUGGGGUUUGGGGACCAAAUAAACAAAGAGGCCAGCUACCUACCAGUGGUUGAGUACAUCGAUGCUCAAUUUGAGGCCUAUCUUCAAGAAGAACUGAAGAUUAAGCGUUCCUUCUUUGACUAUCAUGAUUCUCGAGUCCACGUGUGCCUAUACUUCAUUUCACCCACUGGACAUUCUCUGAAGACCCUUGAUCUGUUAACCAUGAAGAGCAUUGACAGUAAGGUCAACAUUAUACCGCUGAUUGCCAAGGCCGACACAAUUUCUAAAAGUGAUUUGCAGAAGUUUAAGAGUAGGAUAAUGCAUGAAUUGAACAGCAGUGGUGUCCAAUUGUAUCAGUUCCUGGAAGACGAUGACGCAGCCGCUCAAGCGAAUACCUCAACAAGUGGCCUGUUGCCUUUUGCUGUGGUGGGCAGCAUGGAGGAGGUGAAAGUCGGGAAGAGGAUGGUCAGAGGUCGUCACUACCCUUGGGGAGUUUUGCAAGUGGAAAAUGAAAAUCACUGCGACUUUGUUAAGCUCCGGGAUGUGCUUCUUUGUACCAACAUGGAAGACUUGAAAGAGAAGACCCAUAGCUAUCACUAUGAAUGUUACAGGUACCGCAAAUUGAAGACAAUGGGUUUCACAGAUGUGGGCCCCGACAACAAGCCAGUUAGUUUUCAAGAGACAUAUGAGUUCAAAAGACAAGAGUUCCAGGAUCAGUGCCAGCGGGAAGAGGAGGAGUUGAAGCAGAAGUUCAUGCAACGCGUGAAGGAGAAGGAGACGGCGUUCAAGGACGCUGAGAGGGAGCUGCAGGACAAGUUUGAGCACCUUAAAAAGGUUCAACAAGAAGAAAUAAUGAAACUCGAAGAAGAGAAAUCGAAAUUGGAGGAAGAAAUAAUAAGUUUUUGUAAAAUGAAAGCUGCUUCUGAAGCGCCAUACUCCCAGGUGACCAAUAUGAGGAAGGACAGAGAUCGUAAGAAAUAGCCAUUUCUUACCAUUAUCUCUGUUGUAGGGUGCUACCAUUCUCUAUCUACCUGUGGGGUUGUCUUCAUAGCAUUUAGUUCUCAUUGCAGUUCUAAUUUUAAUAUUUGCUUACAUAUUGCAUAUCUUUUUCAAAUAGAAUGUGAAAUACUCAGGAAAAUGUUCUGUGACCUAGAUUAGUACAAAGAUGAUACCAGUAAACAUUUUACAAGAUAACCAAUCAAAGCAUAGAAUGUAGUAUUACAGUCAGACAUGGUUAGAUGUAUACAUGGUUAGCAUUGUGAGACUCCAGUAAUAACUUUAAAAAUUCACAUUUCAGUAGAAGCUGUGGGCUUUUGUUGUGGCUCAUACACAUAAAACAUUGCUAUGAAAAGAGAAAUAUGAGGCAUAUUUUCCUCAUCAAAUUCUGUUAGUUACAAUUUCUUGAUAAUUUUCAUUAACUUUGAUUAGAACUCCUUGGCAUAUUAGAAAAGCUUAGGGUGGGACAGAAUGCAAUGGGUAGCA